UCCAAUACUCAAGCCUAUAGAUUAGUUCUUGACAUAACUGAUAAGAUCAAAAGCCGUAAUAAGAAAAUACGCAUAGCUGAUGCUUCCCCUGCUGGUUGGGGAACCGUUAGGGAAUACGAAUCCAAUGCCGUGGCUUCAGAUUCUGAAGAUGAGAGAAAGAUACGACAAGCUGAGACCAGAGCUAUCCGUACCUCCAAGGAGAAGUCAAAAUCUCGCCAGCAACCUUACCCAAAAAAUCCGCCUCGUCAACAACCUGCGGAAUCUUAUGGUAACCCUGCUUACGCUCAGCAUUAUCAACGUAAUCAGCAACAGCCCUUUCGUGGGAGCUUCGCAAGGCGUGAGCCUUGCUCAAUCGACACGUGCCACUACUGCAAGCAACAAGGCCACUGGAGAAAAAACUGUCCUCUUCUCGCCAGUCUCAGGUCAUCCAACAGCAACUCCACAACCUACCAGAAGUAGUAAAGUAGGGCCUGAACGUCACUCUCCAGUCAUUGUGAAUGGUUUUUCAGAUAUUUUUUCAGUAGGACAUUGGUCAGACUUUAAUUCACAAGUUGCCUCUAAUAAUGAUCUCAGCAGUUUGUUCAAACAGUUACCAGAAUUCCUUCUUUCGUCCAAGGCUGCGAGUACUCAGAAGAAAUAUAGAUAUGCCUUCAAUUCAUGGUGUAAGUGGACUAGUCAAUAUUCUUUUUCACCAUUGCCAGCAUCUCAUUUACAUAUUUCUUUAUAUUUAAUUCAUUUGUCUGAAACUGCAAAAUCGGUUUCAAAAUUAAAUGAUGCUUUUUACGCCAUAAAAUGGGCACAUAAAUUAGCUGGCGUUGCUGAUCCCAGUGAAAAUAAUCUAGUUGCAUCUGUUCUUGAAGGGGCUCAUAGAAAAAUAGGUCAUUCAGUUGUCAAAAAAGAACCUAUCACACCGCAUAUUUUGAAAAAUAUUGUAUGUAAAUAUGCUAAUAAUACUUGUAAUUUAAAAGAUGUAAGAAUAGCAUGUAUGUGUUUAUUAGCCUAUGCUGGCUUUUUAAGAUUCUCCGAGUUAGCUAACUUGAGAAGGUCUGAUAUACAGUUUUCCCCUACUUACCUUACACUUCAUUUAGUCAAGAGUAAAACUGAUGUAUAUAGGGAAGGGAAAGAUGUUGUCAUUUCAAAAACAGGGAAUAUUACAUGCCCGGUAGAUGUACUUCAGCGUUAUCUAAAGUUAGCUAACAUUCCUGAAGAAUCGAAUGAUUUUAUUUUUAGAUCUAUUUGUUAUUGUAAAUCUUUGAAUGUAUACAAACUUAGAAAGAGUAGUCAUAUUUCUUACACCAGAGCCAGAGAGUUAUUGUUAUCUGCACUUGACAGUUUAGGUCUUGAUAAAAAACAGUUUGGCUUACAUAGUUUGAGGUCAGGAGGAGCUACUGCCGCGGCAGAAGCUGGAAUAGAUGACCGGUUGUUUAAGAAACACGGGAGAUGGAAAAGUGAUAAAGCCAAAGAUGGUUAUGUUAAAGAGAGCAACGAUAAUAUACAUACUAUUGUCAACAGUAGAUCCUAUAUGAUAAGAUUUGAUUUAGAAGAUUGGACUGGUAACGUUCGUUAUGCAGAGUAUGAGACCUUCAGGAUUGGGGAUGAAUCGGAUAAUUACAAACUGACUCUAGAUGACUAUGAUGGCGACGCAGGUGAUAUCACAAGUGACUCGGGUACAGGUGAAAUUGAUGGUCAACAAUUUUCAACUGCAGAUCGUGAUAAUGCUAACUAUGUCUCUAUAUUUGGUCAAACAUGUGCUGAUCAAAAUAGAGGGGCGUGGUGGUAUACCUCUUAUUUCUAA